AUGGCUGCAGCCGAGGGUGGCCAGGACCCAGCAUCACGGCGGCAGCUGAGACCAGGGUGGUGGGGGACUGUGGGAGAGAGUAGAGACAAGCAGCAAGAGGUGAAAGCGGUAGCCACUGGAGGACGGAGAUGGAUGACCACGCUGGCCCGCCUGGAGCCCCAGCCCAGGUAUCUGGAGGACAUGCAAAGGGUCGUGGGAGGUGAGGUGGCCAAACCCAAUUCCUGGCCCUGGCAGAUCUCUCUUCAGUACAGAUCUGGUAGCAGAUACUACCACACAUGUGGAGGAACCCUGAUUGAGAGAGGCUGGGUUAUGACUGCUGCUCACUGCGUGGACAGCAACAGGACGUGGCGUGUCGUUGCCGGUGAGCAUGACCUCAACAGCAACAGCGGCGAUGAGCAGAUCCUGACUGUCCAGACUGUUUACAUCCACCCCGGAUGGGAUUCUGGCAGAGUGUCUGCUGGGUACGACAUUGCCCUGCUGCGCUUGUCCACUGAGGCCCAGCUGAACUCUAAGGUCGUCCUGGGCUCUCUGCCUCCCUCCGGCCAGAUUCUGCCCCACAACAAUUUCUGCUACAUCACCGGAUGGGGACGUGUUGCCACUGGUGGCAGUCUGUCUCCCCAGCUGAAGCAGGCCUACCUUCCUGUGGUUGACCACCAGACCUGCACAAGCCCUGGCUGGUGGGGAAGCACUGUCAAGACUACCAUGGUGUGUGCUGGUGGUGCUGCUGAGGCUGGAUGCAAUGGUGACUCUGGUGGCCCUCUGAACUGCAGGGUUAAUGGACAAUACUACGUCCAUGGUAUUGCCAGCUUUGUGUCUGGUUAUGGCUGUGACACUCGCCAGAAGCCCACUGUCUUCACCCGCGUCUCUGCCUACAUCAACUGGAUGGACUCUAUCAUGAUGAACGCAUGAAAUGGAUCCUUGUUUGCAGCUGUAACUACUCUGAAUUGAGCUUGUUCUCC